AUGGAUGCGUCGACCCCACUCAAGCGCUCCUCGACGGAAGCUGGUCUGGACUCGCCCAAGGGCAAUGCGGAUUCAAAACCGGCGCCCAAGAUCUCCAAGGCUCGCGCAUGUGCCGAGUGCAAACGCCAUAAGAUUCGCUGCGAAUUCCGAUCCGGUGAAAUCAAUUGCACAAAAUGUCUUCGCAGUGGUAUCAAAUGCGUCGUGAAUGACUUUUCGCAAAAGUUUGUCGACGACGACGGAAUAUGGAAGUCUCAGGCGACAGCCACGAUGCAGCAAUUGCAGACCGCGGUAUCGCAACUAUUGCAACAAGCAGGACUCCCUGACCUGUCAACCUACUCGGCCGGAGACAGUCGCAAUGGACCCAGUCCGGCUGCCUCACACCAUGGCCACCGAACAUCCAUUGAUGCGUCGCAUUCGCAAACCCAUGCAACUCCUCAUGAGGAACCAGGGGUAGUAAUGGAUGUCACUAGGGAACCAUCUCCGGAACCCGAUCUCCAAGACCCGGAAUUGGUCCCGGCACCCAUGCGCAGUCUAUACGAGGUUACCAAGUUGCGCAAUUUACGGAAUAACCAUAUCGAGGCACCCAAGAAGACCCUACUGGAAGAAGACUUUAUUACGAGGGGUCUCAUCUCACUCCACGAGGCGGAAGAGCUCUUUGCUUACUUCAGUCGCACCAUGAACCAGCUGCUUUGGGGCGGGAUCAUUCUAGUCCACCGAGAUCUGACCUCGGUCCGUCGCGCAUCAACCCUUCUAUCUGCCGCGGUUUUGACUGUUGCGGCGCUUCACAUUCCUAACCGCACCGAUACAUUGAAUCGAUGCUAUAACGAGUAUGUGUCGUUGGUGUCUAGUAUGGCGCUUACGCGGGCCCACACCCUUGAUGAUAUCCGUGGUCUCUGCGUUGGCGCGUUCUGGCUGUCAGAGCUGAGCUGGAAACUUUCUGGACACGCAGUGCGCAUUGCGACAGAAAUGGGCCUGCACCAAAGUUAUCAGCGCUUGACUCGCGGCAAUACAGAUCAGUACGAGCGCGCACAGCUUUGGUACUUGCUGUAUGUCUGUGAUCAUCACUUUAGUAUAGCUUACGGGCGGCCACCUGUCAUCCAUGAGGACGUGGCUAUCCGAAAUUACGAGACAUUUCUUGAAUUUCCAAUGGUGGUUCCGGGCGACAUACGCCUGCUGGCCCAGGUUGCUUUGUUCAUGAUUUUGACCGAGGCGUAUCGGACUUUUGGCAGCGAUACUGAACAGCCAAUGACCGAAGAGGACUUUGGUCAAUUGAGGGUAUAUAAUGUUGCUGUGGAUCAGUGGCGGUUGCUCUGGCAGCCCCGAUCCGGCGACAGUUCGUACGUGCGAACUUAUCCUUCCAAGGGAGUGGUGCUGCACUAUCAUUUUGCUAAAUUCCAGCUGAACUCGCUCUCGCUCCGAGGUCUUUCACCGUCGAACACUCCCGUAUUUUCAAUGGAUCGCAGGGAAUCCGCCAAUAUCGCCAUUUCAUCUGCAAUGGCCUGUCUAAAUAUGGUGCUCGAGGAACCCGACAUCCGAGACGCGAUCGUCGGGGUCCCCAUUUUCACCCACACCAUGGUGACCUUUUCCGCAGUGUUCCUGCUCAAGGUCGCGAUAAACUGGAACUCGGCCUAUUUAAGUAUCAACGCGCGCCAAGUGCGGCGACUGGUUGAGCGCGUGAUUGAGCUUAUGAACUGUGUCUCUGCAGGAGAACGGCACUUGACACGGCACAUUGCACGUGGGCUGGGCAAGAUGCUCGAGCGAUUCGACUCCUGGGAGACUGCAUGGCAGGUCGGCACUAGCAAUGGCGGCGCCGUGGAAGUGCCCGGGGGUGCGAAUGCGAUGGCACAGGGCUUCCCGCCCCCCGAUCUGAUCUACGACAUGGUCGGGACGUAUGGAUUCGGACUCGACGAGAACCUGUUAGACCCCAGCAUGGCCAAUUUCGAAUUCUUGGCACAGUAA